UCUUCUUCAUCUUCGUUUUCCCUCAAAAUUUCGCGGGUUGUGUUUCAAACUAACUUUUACUUUGUCAGAUCACACUUUUUUCACUCAUUAUUAUUGGAUCUCAAUCUCAAUCUCAAUCUCAGUCUCUCUCAAUCUCUGAAUGUGAUUCGGUUUCAUCUUCAUUCAUUCAAUUCAAUUCAAAUUCAUUCGUAGCAUUGAAGAUUUGGAAUUGUACGAAUUUAGGAAGAAGCUGAGCUUUGGAAUAAUGAUGGAGCGAGCAGAUUCAGGGCAGAAGCUGUACUCACGCAUGAGGCUAUGGGAGCUUCCCGAUCAGUAUGUCAUCGAGCCCACUGAUGGCACUUUUGCUCCUUCUCUCGCUAUCAAUCGACUCGAUGCUUCUCUAACCUUCAUUGAUGAGCUUCCUGAAUCCACUUCUGUCCGAGCCCCCAAAAUUCAGACGAUUUAUGGUGUUGUUGGGAUGGUCAAGCUCCUCACGGGCUCCUACUUGAUCGUCAUUACCGAUCGUGAAUGUGUUGGAUCUUAUUUGGGUCAUCCAAUCUUCAAGGUUCUGUCUUUGAAGGUUUAUCCUUGUGACCAUUCUCUUCAAAAUUCCAAUGCACAACAGAAGAAGAUGGAAGCUGAGUUUUCUGCCCUCCUCAAUAUUGUUGAAAAGACUUGUGGUUUGUUUUUCUCUUAUGAAACGAAUCUAACUCUCAGUGUUCAGAGAUUGCAUGAUUUGGGGGAUGAAUCUAAGUUGCUUCCUCUUUGGAGACAGGCAGAACCUAGGUUUUUAUGGAACAACUAUAUGUUGGAAGUGCUCAUAGAUAACAAGCUUGAUCCCUUCUUGCUUCCUGUUAUCCAAGGGAGCUUCCAGCACUUUCAAGCAGCAAUAGGGAAGGAUGUAAUUGAUGUCACUCUGAUUUCUAGGAGAUGCACGAGGAGAAAUGGCACUCGUAUGUGGAGAAGAGGAGCUGAUCCAGAUGGUUACGUUGCAAAUUUUGUAGAGACCGAGCAAAUUAUGCAGCUGAAUGGGUAUACAGCCUCAUUUGUGCAGGUUCGGGGAUCAAUUCCAUUGCUUUGGGAGCAAGUAGUGGAUUUGACAUAUAAGCCUAAGUUUGAGCUUGUGAAAGUAGAGGAAGCUUCCAAAGUAGCAGAGCGACAUUUUUUGGACUUAAGGAAGAAAUAUGGGGCCGUUUUAGCUGUUGAUCUUGUCAACAAGCACGGAGGUGAGGGACGCUUAUGUGAAAAGUUUGCAACUUCUAUGCAACCUAUCAUUAGUGAUGACGUGAGAUAUUUGCACUUCGAUUUUCAUAAAAUUUGCGGGCAUAUUCAUUUUGAGCGCCUAUCUAUUCUCUACGAACAAAUUUCUGAUUUUCUCGAUAGAAAUGGGUAUUUCUUGUUGAAUGAAAAGGCUGAUAAAAUGAAGGAACAACUUGGAGUUGUUAGAAGCAAUUGUAUAGAUUGCUUAGACCGUACAAAUGUUACACAGAGCAUGAUAGGUCGAAAGAUGUUAGAAUGCCAACUUCGGAGACUUGGUAUUUUUGGUGCUGACGAGACUAUUAGCUCCCAUUCAAACUUUGAUGAUAGCUUUAAGAUCAUGUGGGCUAACCAUGGGGAUGACAUAAGCAUUCAGUACUCUGGUACUCCUGCUUUGAAAGGAGAUUUUGUCAGAUACGGCCAGAGGACAGUACAUGGAAUUCUCAAGGACGGAUGGAAUUCCCUUGCUCGCUACUAUCUAAACAACUUUCGGGAUGGAGCAAAGCAGGAUGCAAUUGAUCUUCUGCAAGGACAUUACAUUGUUUCGGUCAGCCGAGAUAUAAGCCCCUCACCUCAAAAAGGAGGCCUUGAGGCUGUAGCUUCAUUUCCACUGGCUUUUGCAUUUGUUUUGGUUGGCUUCUUGUUUGCGACCAUGUCACUUAGGCAAGUUCGGUACGACCUUCGACACUUAUUCUUAUCAAUAAUGUGGGCAAGCCUCAGUGUGGCCUUAGCAGCAUUUGUGAGGGCCAACGGAAGAAUUUUCUGCAACCGACCUCGUCUACACAGGCCACGCCAUUAAUGCAGUUUCAAUUUUCCAAUGCGCUGCUUUUCUAUGAAUAUUGCUUGUUGUUUCAGUUAAUUUUCAUGUUUUAUAAAACACGGAAGAGACUCACUCGUUGGCAGAGUUGAUUUUUUGCAGUACCCUCUAAUGUUAACAUUGGCAUUCUUUUUUGUAUAAAUUGAUUUCGUUGUGACAUUUUCAAACUAUGAUUAAGUUUUUCUUUCUUUU